AUGUUCCAAAACGUCAGCAACUGCACAUUGAAUAGUUGCACCAUGAACGAACUCUCGGGGCACCAGGAAAAUCACUUCACCACCACCAACGAUCAUCGCACAAACUGCAACAACCAGCGGACUGUAACUACGGCGAAUUCGCAUAAUAGUCCACAGAAGAACGAAUUGUUGGAAGUCCCUCAGGCGGAUGUCCUCUACGAGGGUUUACCACAAACGAAUCAAAACGGCCGCUCUCCCGCUCGAUACGAAAGAGAGAGCAUCCAAGGCGGUAACCUCGAUGACUUCGACGACAUGAAUCAGCAGCUCGGAGAAAGCCCACUGCUACCUACGCCAGACAGUGUUACUGACCUUGCCUACCCCAAUUGGCAGGGUCAUGGAAACGGAGAAAGUAUUCCCAUACCAAUUCACGACCAGAUAGAGGAAACACGGCGAAUGUCGGCGUGGCAAUCGUUUCGCAACACCCUCCGCUCGAGGUCAAGCGGGAAAAGCUCACCAUCCGUCGGUCGUUUCGUGUUGAAUGCAGAGGGCGCGUGA